AUGAUUGUCCAAUCCAUUCACAUUGACGCUACCCAUAAGGCCUUUGGGCAGAGACACAGUAGCGGUGGUGUAGUUGGUGGUGGAGGUGGUAUCAACUCCCGCAGCAAUACUACUACUAGUACAAAUAAUAAUGGGGCAGAUGAAGAUCCAAAUGUACAAUUUUGUAUUGAAAGUGGCGGGUUCACACCCAAUGGCAUUACAGAGAUAUCGGGCGAAGCAGGUUCUGGAAAGACUCAACUAUGCAUGCAACUAUGUUUUCACGUGCAAUUGCCCUAUGAAUUGGGUGGAUUGAAUGGUGGAGCAAUCUACAUUGGCACAGAGACACCGUUUCCUAUGAAUCGGUUCCUCAAAAUCUCACAGAACCGUUUGGCCGUCAUCAACCAGGCACGACAAGAGAAUGGGUUGCCGCCAAUCGACGUUCCACCCGACAUGGUCAUGACACGUCGUGCCAACGACAUUAACAAUCUACUCGACAUGUUGACCAAGAAUUUCCACGAACUCAUCAAGAAUCAUGUCACCAAACUAUUGAUUAUCGAUUCAAUUGCAGCACUGAUUCGUUCCGAAUUUGGAAACGAAAACAUUCUAGAAAAGACAAACAAACUUUGGGAACUAUCCAAUCAACUUCGUAUCAUCUCUGAACAAUAUGGUAUCACUAUUUUGGUCAUUAAUCAAGUAACUGAUUAUUUUGAACCAACUUUUAAUAAUUAUAAUUAUAAUAAUAGUAACAAUCAUAAUUUGGAUGGGCAAGAUGACAAACAAUCAACAACCAAUAAUAAUAAUAAUAAUAAUAAUAUAGGUAAUACUAUUAUUACUGUACCUACUACUACAUCAACAUCUAUAGUGACAAUUAGACCAAUUAAAAGAAGAAGGAAGGUUAGUGUACCUUCAUAUCAACACUCUAACCAACAAUAUUCUCCAUUCUUAUUGCAAAGUACUGGCGGUACUAGCAAUAACAAUCUUUUUAAUCAAAACAAAGCAAUGGUUCCAGCACUUGGUCUAUCAUGGACCAAUUUUGUAAAUACUAGAAUCAUGUUAUCAAAGACACCACUCCAUCUUCCAGCACCAAACAGUUCAACUCCAGUUAGAAAAAUGUCAGUCAUUCUCUCUUCCAAUCUACCAAAUCAAAGCAUGUACUUUUUUAUCGAUGCUCAUGGUGUCAUUGGACUAGAACAAGGAGACAAUGAACAGGUUGAUGAAAUCAAUGUCAUUCCCCAAGAAAUAUCUCUUACUUAA